ACGCCAUGUUCAUUUGUCAACGGACGUCAAGGUGUGAUCAUCGGAGAGAACGAAAGUUGCUUCGAAGAAGUAUGAAGAUAUUGAGUGCUUCUAUCGAAUCGUCGUACAGUUUAUGUGUAUAUAAAACUAUUUAACGAUAUGGCGUCCUCGGAAUUACGGAAACGUAAAUUGGAAGAAUACGAAAUGCAGCUGUUUAACUUUCAUUCAAGAGCCGUGUAUGCUACUUUGAAAAAUAUUGUACAUGAAAGAAUUCAUUCCACAAUUAGUAAAAUGUGUGAAACAAUUAAAGAAGUAUACAAGUUAGAUUCUGAGAAUGUAGCAAUUCUUAAGAAAAAUCAGAAGCAACUAGAAAAAUUAUAUUAUGAAGCAAUAGUGUUGCAUUUAAAAAAUAUUGAGACUAUUGUAAAUAAGUAUAUUGCUGUACCAAGUAAUGUUCUGUUGGAAGAAGACAAGUAUCAAAAAACACAAUACAGUGAAACAGAAUUUCAAAAUAUGAAACAAAAUUUAGAAGACCUACAACAGAGAGCAAAAAGAGGUACUAUUUUAAAUGCUGCAUUGAAAGAAGAAAUGCAAAUCCUUGAGCAAGUCCCAAUAUCUAAAGAUAGUGUAAAUAAAAUGUGUAAUAUUAUUGAUAUUGAUCUCAAAUGUUUAGAUACAUGUAACAAAAUGUAUCAAUUAGUGGAUGAUUAUAAACGAUUUUCCACGGGCCUCUUUACAGGACCAGUUGUUGACAAAACAAAGUACAAUGCAGUAAGGAAUCUGAAGUGCAAAGAUUUCAAUGUAAAUGACUUAUAAAUUAAAUUAUAUUAAAGAUUAUUAUUUGUUUAAGGGACAGUAUUCCUGUAUUCUAUGAAUACUGAAUGAUAUUUGUAUAUUUUAUACUUUUAUUAA